AUGUAUACCCAAGAUUUGAUACUGCUGUUUCUGGUCCUGUUACUUAGUUGUAAUGCUCAGGAUCUUCCUGCUGUGGACCUUGGCUCCGUUGGCUCUGAGUUAGAGCCGUUCGAUAUCCCACUUGUUGAGUUGGAGAAGGAUGCGAAACCUGUUACGACGCUAAACGAGCAAUGUAAACGCUUCGUGAGUCAUUAUAGGUAUUAUUGUCGAACAUCGGGUAUUGCCACAUAUAAUGAGGAGAUUCGGAUCAUUUGCGAGCGAUACCGUACCUACUGCUCAGAUCGGGUGUACCCGUCUGUCAAUCAUAUUCGACGUCAAGUCGCUUUCUGGAAGCACUCUGGACUGCCUGCCGGCGCUCAACGAGCUCUUACAACGUGCUAUGCUCACUGCAAGGAAACGGAUCCUGUGUUGGUUUCUCUUUGA